ACGGUCCCAUGGGGGAGUCCCUGCUGGGGUCCCCGGCUGCCUGGACCGUGGGUGCUCCCAGCUGCUGCCUCUGGGCCUCGGGAGCGUGCAGCAGAGGGGGCAGAUGGGCUGUGAAAUCCAGGAGACGCGGCCGGAGGACCCUAGACUCCUCUAGAGCAUGAGCUCUGGCAAGAAGGCCCGCUACAACCGCUUCUCGGGGGGCCCUGCCGACCUUCCCGCCGCAGACGCCACAGCCGCGACCAGAAUGGAAACGACCUUUGGGCCUGCCUUUUCUGCCGUCACCACCAUCACGAAAGCUGAUGGGACCAGCACGUACAAACAGCACCGCCGGACGCCGUCCUCCUCCAGCAGCCUCGCCUACUCCCCGAGGGAUGAGGAGGACAGCAUGCCCCCCAUCAGCACGCCGCGCCGCUCCGACUCGGCCAUCUCCGUCCGCUCUCUGCACUCCGAGUCCAGCAUGUCCCUGCGCUCCACGUUCUCGCUGCCCGAGGAGGAGGAGGAACCGGAGCCGCUGGUAUUUGCUGAGCAGCCCUCGGUGAAGCUCUGCUGUCAGCUUUGCUGUGGUGUGUUCAAGGACCCCGUGAUCACCACAUGCGGGCACACGUUCUGUCGUCGAUGCGCUCUGAAGUCAGAGAAGUGCCCCGUGGACCACGCCAAGCUCACGGUGGUGGUGAACAACAUCGCGGUCGCUGAACAGAUCGGGGAGCUCUUCAUCCACUGCAGGCACGGCUGCCGGGCGGCAGGGAGUGGGAAGCCCCCCGUCUUCGAGGUGGACCCCCGAGGGUGCCCCUUCACAAUCAAGCUCAGCGCUCGCAAGGACCACGAGGGCAGCUGCGACUACCGGCCUGUGCGAUGCCCGAACAACCCCAGCUGCCCGCCCCUCCUCAAGAUGAACCUGGAGGCCCACCUGAAGGAGUGUGAGCACAUCAAGUGUCCCCACUCCAAGUACGGGUGCACCUUCAUCGGGAACCAGGACACCUAUGAGACGCACCUGGAGACUUGCCGCUUUGAGGGCCUGAAAGAGUUCUUGCAGCAGACAGACGACCGCUUCCACGAGAUGCACGUGGCGCUGGCCCAGAAAGACCAGGAGAUCGCCUUCCUGCGCUCCAUGUUGGGCAAGCUCUCCGAGAAGAUUGACCAGCUGGAGAAGAGCCUGGAGCUCAAGUUCGAUGUCCUAGAUGAAAACCAGAGCAAGCUCAGCGAAGACCUCAUGGAAUUCCGGAGGGACGCGUCCAUGCUGAACGAUGAGCUGUCCCACAUCAACGCGCGGCUGAACAUGGGCAUCCUAGGAUCCUAUGAUCCGCAGCAGAUCUUCAAGUGCAAAGGAACCUUCGUGGGCCACCAGGGCCCAGUGUGGUGUCUCUGUGUCUACUCCAUGGGGGACCUGCUGUUCAGCGGCUCCUCUGACAAGACCAUCAAGGUGUGGGACACAUGUACCACCUACAAGUGUCAGAAGACCCUCGAGGGCCACGACGGCAUCGUGUUGGCCCUGUGCAUCCAAGGGUGCAAGCUGUACAGCGGCUCUGCGGACUGUACCAUCAUCGUGUGGGACAUCCAGAACCUGCAGAAGGUGAACACCAUCCGGGCCCACGACAACCCGGUGUGCACGCUGGUCUCCUCACACAACAUGCUCUUCAGCGGCUCCCUGAAGGCCAUCAAGGUCUGGGACAUCGUGGGCACUGAACUGAAGCUAAAGAAGGAGCUCACAGGGCUCAACCACUGGGUCCGGGCCCUGGUGGCCGCCCAGAGCUACCUGUACAGCGGCUCCUACCAGACAAUCAAGAUCUGGGACAUCCGGACCCUCGACUGCAUCCAUGUCCUGCAGACCUCUGGCGGCAGCGUCUACUCUAUUGCAGUGACGAAUCACCACAUCGUCUGUGGCACCUACGAGAACCUCAUCCAUGUGUGGGACAUCGAGUCCAAGGAGCAGGUGCGGACCCUGACAGGCCACGUGGGCACUGUGUACGCUCUGGCGGUCAUCUCCACACCAGACCAGACCAAAGUCUUCAGCGCGUCCUAUGACCGCUCGCUCAGGGUCUGGAGUAUGGACAACAUGAUCUGCACGCAGACCUUGCUGCGUCACCAAGGCAGCGUGACUGCACUGGCCGUGUCGCGGGGCCGGCUCUUCUCGGGCGCUGUGGAUAGCACUGUGAAGGUCUGGACGUGCUGACAGAAUGCAGGGCCAUCUUGGCUUCCUCCUAACCUCCCAGGCCGGUCCCCACCAGGCUGACCAUGGGAGGGGUCUCG